AGUCCCAUCUUUUCCUCUGCACGGCUAGUUUGGAGAAUAUUUGGGAAUGGGCCCCAGCAUUUGCGGCAGCCAGCCCCAAAGCAAUGCCAAGAGUUGCAGAGGUGAAGGGGGCCAAAAUUGGAGGUGAAGGGGACCAAAAUGGUCUGAAAGACGUUGGCCAUUUGGGAGACUCGGGACUGUGCUUGCAAAUGUUUUCUAAGGGAUGAUCUCCAAGAAAGCAAGAAGCCCUUGAAAAAUAUACUUCCCACACUGCCAGUCAGUCAUUACUGAGGAAAGAGAACAUACAAGGUCCAGGACUGAACUAACUAGAAAGAGGCGUAAACAUGCCAAAGAGGAGACUGCUGCAGUUCUUUGGUGUGGACUGGCAUAGUGGACUGGUGUGGACUAGCAUUAAAGUGUCAACAUGUUGGUCCAAGGUUUGCAGCAAGAUGCAGUGGGCUUCAGUUCUUAUCAUGAUUGGCCUCUGUGGAGUGUCCUUGAGCCAGUAUGAUGACUAUGAUGACGUACUGUGGCUACAACAUUACCUACGCAGCCAGUCCUCAUCCUAUAGCUAUUCACCAUAUGAAGAUGAGUCUCCCCCUUAUGCUUCUUACUCUUAUGUGCCAGCUGGGUCUUCUGUUGGGGAGCCUGUCCCUGAACCCCCUGUAUCUAGGGAAUGCCCCCAAGAGUGCGAAUGCCCUCCCAACUUCUCUUCCGCCUUGUACUGUGACACUCGCAACCUCAAGUAUAUUCCUUUUGUGCCUUCGCGGAUGAAAUAUGCCUACUUCCAGAACAACCAAAUUGUUACUAUCCAAGAAGGAGCCUUUGACAACGCUACCAAUCUGGAGUGGCUUGCAUUGCAUAACAACCAAAUAACCAGUGAGAAAAUGGGCAAGAGGGUUUUUGCCAAGCUCAAGAACCUUGAGAGGCUAUACCUUGACCAUAACAACCUGACCAAGAUGCCUACCCCUUUGCCACGCUCGCUGCGAGAGCUUCACCUGGCUUAUAAUCAGAUCUCCAAAGUCCCAUCCAAUGCCCUUGAAGGCUUAGAGAACCUCACCGCUCUGUAUAUUAACCACAACCAGAUUCAUGAAAUAGGAUCAAACCUCAAGGGGCUAAAAUCUCUGAUUCUUGCAGACUUGAGCUACAACCAGCUCAGAAGAGUUCCUGAUGGCCUUCCAAGUGCCUUGGAGCAGCUCUACCUGGAGCAUAAUCACAUACACACUGUCCCUGAUGAUUUCUUCAAAGUUUCCCCAAAGCUGCUCUAUGUACGGAUGUCCCACAAUAGCUUGACAAAUGACGGACUCUCCCCCAAUGCUUUCAAUGCCAGCAGCCUCCUGGAACUGGAUCUGUCUUACAACAGGCUUCAGAAGAUUCCACGAGUCAGUACAAGCCUUGAGAAUCUCUACCUCCAAGGAAACAAAAUAAAUGAGUUCACCAUCAGCAGUUUCUGCACCAUUGUAGACAUCAUGAACUUUUCCAAGCUACAAGUCUUGAGGCUGGAUGGGAAUGAAAUCCGUCGGAAUUCUGUGCCCUCAGACGCUCCACUCUGCCUGCGAUGGGCCAGUGUCAUCGAGAUCUAGCCAUUGUCCUUGCUCCUGUCCUUCACCCCCACUUUCAGAACAAGGCCAUCCGGCAACCACACCGGAGUGGGGGCCUUCUUAUUUAACACGGCUUCACUUGAGUUGGCUUCUGCAGUUGUAUAAUGUAGGAGGGGUUGAUAACUUGAUCCAACAGGUGCUGCUCCUAUUAGCCAAUGAGGUGACAGCAAAUAUGCAGGCAAAUCUUUGCCCACCUCUUCCCCACCUUCUCUCAUCUGUCUCCCUCUUUUUCACUCUUCAGCAGACAGUUAUCUCAGCUUCAUAACAUGCUGUCAGGCAGCGUGUGACUCUUGGUUUGGGUGGGUGGGUGGAGGAGCUUUUGUUUCAUUUCAUCCACUUCGCUUUAAAAGUUUGAUGCCAGCUGGGACGCCUUUGGGAUUUGUCUUUCCAUGUAGGAGGGUCGUGAUGCAAAUGGAGCGUGUGUGUAGAGGGGGGCGGAUGAAAUUGAAUCAAAACAAAACGAAAACAGAUUAAGCAGUUGGCCACACAGCAAGGAGCAAUUACAGAGACAGAGUGGGGAAAUAGGAAAAGAGUGAGGGAAGAGAGAAAAUUACUGACAGGAUAGGAGCCAGCUCUUCAGCUGGUUUUCAAAGAUGAAUAUAGCUCCCCUGGUGUCAAUUGCUGACUAAGUAGCAUCUUCACAACAUUUUCCCUCUCUUUUCUUUUUAUUAGUUUUUCCAUUCUGUUUACAACACACAAAGAUCUAAAGAUGAAUCAGAAGCCCCACUGCCAUGCAAUAACAUUACCUUAAUAAUAAAGCUGCAUAUCAAAUUAUACCACAAAGUUAUCAAAGCACAGAAACUCUUAUCACAGCUGUAGCAUUCACAAUGUAUUCUCCAGAAAGACGCAACCAUAUUGUAAUACUUCCACAGCUCCAGAGAGAGUAAUUUUCCCUCUUCUCACCUUCUUACUCUCCCUUAAACUUCAGCAGCCGUGUUUUAUUGUUGUUUUCUUUAUUUCUUACAAUUUUGUGCAAUCCAUAAUUGUGGAGCAGAAAGAUUAAAGUGUUUCCAUUUGGGAUGUUUAGGCUAUUGCAUAUAGAUGGCUAAAAACAGAGUAAUUAUUGGACUGAAUUGUAACAGUGGCAGACAUGCUUCGCAACAUUACACCCACGAUGGAAUAUAAGAUUCACUGAGUUGCACAAGAGUGCUGUUGCAGAAAUGCAAAAUUGUGCAAAUGGAGUUGUGAGUGUGUCCAUUAUACAUAAUGGUUGCACUGUCACAACUCUAUUUGUCCCAUUUUUGAGCUUGUGCAACAGUGCUCUUGUGCAGUUGCGCACAUGUUAUGUUCCACUGCAUGCGUAACAUGUGCAGUAUGUCAGCCAGUGUCCCAAAAAUCUGAUACAGCAUUUACAACAUUUCCCCAAGUUUCUCACAACCAGGCAAGUCCACCAUAUGUGCAGACAAUCUCCUCUAUUCACAUGUCAUCUAUAUGGGGGAAUAUCCUUUUGUUUCUGGAGAACAAAAGAGUAUUUUUAGAGAUGCAUACAACUCUGAUGGCAUUAGGCUGCACUUGUGGCUUUGAAUGCACUGCAUAUUAUUAACCCCUUCUGGCCUAGGGAUAAUAGCCUGCUACAUCAGCAGAAAAUUUUUCCUUUUACCUUCUGCUAUGCUGCAGAUCAGUUUAUUAAUCAGUGCUUGCAGAAUACAUAGUUCAUAUUUCUUUCCAUGUGCUGCUUGGGCGCAUAUAAAGAAUGCUACUUUUAUUGAAGCAACAUUCCCAGCCAGUUAUAAAAUGCAACAUGAGCCAGUCAGCAUUAAAAUACCUGGCAGGAUUCAUGGUCAUUCAGCAAGAUAGACGAGUUGCCAAAAUAUCAUGAGAAACUGGGGGCUUUAUGGCGAUACUGCUCUGCCAUUUAGGUAAAGCAAUCCAGCAAAAGUUGUAUCCCAGAUUUAUUCUUGUUACAGAACUUCAUUCUAGCUUCCCAUGUGUUUAAUUGUGUUUGUAAUAACCAUGCUUGCUUGGCUGCAGAAUUGUCUGGACUGAUAUUUUAUACAAGUUGCAGCACCAAGUCCUGAUCUCAGAAUGGACGGUGCUUCCAACUUGAAGUUCUCUUCUCUCAAGUAUUGAAUCCUUUCUGUAGGGUUCACAGAUGAGGAGAGGAGGUGGAGAACAAGGAGAACAUGAGUUGUAUGGGGAGAAUAAGCAGCUCAAGAUGCCAUCAAAACCUUCUGCAUUUAAAAUGCAUGCUGAUAAUAUAAAAAUGUGUAGAAGCAUGAAUUGUAGAUAUUACUGAUCAAUAAAACCCUUUUUAUAAUUGCA